UGAAGGAGUUCUCAUGGACAACUCAGCUCAAACACCACAUGUUGAACAAGAUGCGUGAGAUUGGAGUGGAUCUGGAGAACAUCGUGUACUUCCGAGGAGAAAUGCACUAUCUGGUGAUGACCCCCAAGCGGAAUAACCUUUUAGCUCGUGGAGUGGUUAAACAGAAUUAUUCCAACUCAAAGGAUCUGGUCAAAAACGACAACAUUAAUCACAGUGUAUUGCACGCCUUCAUCAAGCGGAUCAUCGACUUUGCAGGGAUCCCACGAAGAACGGACUUUACUCGCGUCAGUCUGUUCGACUUUACUUCACUAAUGAGAGCGGAGCAGGCAGCGAGCGUCGUCUCGUCACACGGCAAGAAACUCUACGUCGGAUUGGUGGGAGACUCGUUGCUGGAGCCCGUGUGGCAUGAAGGGGUCGGCACGUGUCGUGGCUUCUUAAGUGCGUUGGAUGGCGCGUGGAUGAUCGCUCAGAUCGGGAGGAAGUCGGAUGAGCAACUGCUGGCUGAUCGAGAGUUGGCGUACCAAGUGAUGAGACGUCUGUCAGGCCACCACCGUGACGAGAUGCAAAAGAAUGUAAGGAAGUAUACCGUAGAUCCCAGAACACGGUACAUGGUCGAGUUUCCUCGUGUCGAAUGAGUGACAUGGACAGUUAACUAAAAAAUUCAAGUAUUUUGUUUC